AUGGACUCGCAACACAACAUGAGCUAUUCCAAAGAGCUUUCAGGGUUACCUCCGCUGCCCGAAAUAUCUGCCAGAGAGCCGUCAGAUUUAUAUCAGUUGAUCCUCAAGCACAGUAUCUACCCUCCACUGAUGCAAAGCCAGUCGUGGACUUUGGCAGCCCCUUUCAAAGAGCAGCGUUUUCACCGUAACCCCAGCAAUUCCAUUGCAAACAACUACUCACCCACAGCACGUGACCUAACGCUUAGGGAAAUAUACAAAAAGGUGCCCUCUCCAAGACCAGGCACAGCCAAAAUUUCUCUCAGGCGCAAAACCUCAAACUAUGUCUGUCAGUUUCCUUAACUAGUGGAUUCAGUUUCAAAGGAUGCAUCAGACAUACAGAAAAAGCCAAAACUGUCUCCUAGGAAUAAAUAUAACUUUGACAGGUAAAACAAAGCUUCAUUGUCUGUGAUGGAGAACCCUCCACAGACAGACUCCAUUGUUCAUUUAAACAGUACACCUUUAACGCCAGAGGAGCAGUUACAGAUAAUGCUGAAGCAAGAAGAGGAAAUGGAAAGACUAUGUGGGGAACCAACUCAGAGGGACCUGGACAGGUAUUUUCACUAUAUACACCAUGAGAUUCAGUCAGAAAUGCUAGCUCCCCAAGAGAAGGAACAGAUGGACAGAAUCUUAACAAGUGUUUCCAGCCAGCUUUUGGAAAACCCAGCUCUGGAGAAACUGCUUCAAGAAAUAAGGGAAGAGAUUGCAUAUGAUUACUACAUCAGCCUCAGGAAAAGUAUUGUUGAUUAUAUCCUGAAGGAUCCAGGGGAGAAAGACAGACUUCUAAUAGGCAACAUUCCUCGUUAUUUUCCACUUCGGGUGAUCCGUGCUCCAGUGCCCUGGCACUCCUCAUAUGGAGAUGCCCACAAAUGGAAUGAAGACCACCUGUUCACAGUGAACCCCAUGAUGCUGGAUUUACAACAGCUGUGGAUUACACAAUUUAGUGAUUUAAGGUUUGUGCGUACCAAUGAAAUGCUGUCUAGCAACCUGCCUCUGCUACCUGCUGAAUUUGGGGAAUUGGUACAAAAGCAUUGUCUAGAAGCCCAUACCAAUUUGCGAAAUAAAUGGAUACCAGCCUGUGCUUCAUUGUUUAUAUCACAUAAGGAUAAAUGGAUCCAUUUAGUACCCCAGAAUGAGGAGGAUUCAGCUUUGCAGGUUCAGGAGUUUUUUGCAUGCGUGUCAACUCAGAUGUCUUUACAGCUACGUGGGAUGGUCAACAUUUCUCUUCAGGACUUGGUUUCUUUUUUUAAUAUACACAAGGAGGGAAAUGACUUUGGUGACACAUAUGAUGAAAUUAAAUUCAUUACACCGCAAAUCCUCAUCAUCAAGCUCAAGGUGGAAGAACCCAAAAUUGUAUUUGACCCGGUUCUGGAGGAAUGUUGGAAUUUAAUAAAGCGCUGCUUCCUGGAAAUUAUUAAGAGUGCUGAAGGACUUCCAAAAGUAGAAGUGGAACUAUUUCCAGACCUGCAGUUGGACAAUCUUAUCCUCAGUUCUGUAAGACAAGAAGAAUCUCUGGUCUCCGACUAUGUCAACAACACACGAAAAAUUUUCAAUAUGAACACAAUUGGUCCCCAAAAGUACUUAAAUGUUUAUAAAAAAUACAGUGACCUUUUAAAUCAGAAAGCUCAGCAGGAUGUUAUCGCGUUUCUUAAGGAAGAGCAUUCUCUGCAGGCCUUUACUAAGAAAAUCAAUAGCUUAUCAGAGCUUCAGGGAGAAAUCGCAUCCAUGCAAAUCACCGUUCCUCUUGCCAUGUUUUGUCUGGAUACUUUACGAUUUAAUGAGGAACUUUGUGCCAGAGCUCAAAAGUUAAAGGAUCAGCUCAUCCAGCAUGAAGUAGAUGAAAAUAGGGAGUUAAAUAUGAGCAUUUGUUCCAAGUACAGCAAAAUAGCAGACAGAGUCCGUGAGGUUCCUGCUACUACGGCAGACUUAGUUGCAUUGAUGGAUUUCCUUAGGACAUCGAGUGAUGUUACGGUUUAUAAAUUAAAGGAUGAGAUAUCAGAAGCAGCCAGUCGUUUGGCGUUUCUUUUGGAUUACGCCACUCUCCAAUAUGAUGAUUUAAAACUGAACAGUGCUGUGUUUCAUUGGCCGGAACAGAUAGAAACAGUGUUUGAAGUCAAUAAUAAUCGUUUAAUGGCCAAAAGAGACCAGGCUGAAGAUGAGCUGCGGAAAAGGCGUUCAAAGUUUGAGAAAGUACUUAAUGGCUACAAUAUUGAAAUUGAGGCCUUUAGAAAACGAGAGACGAUGACUUUGGAUGAAAUGAAAAAUAACAUGGAAAAACUGAAUGAUCUGGAUCUGAACUUGAAGAAGGCCCUCUCAGAGUUCGAGGCUAUCAAUAAUGAAGAGGAAUUACUGGAAUGGGAGAAAAGUCAAUUCCCUUUGUUGCAAGUGGCAAUAACAAACAAGCUGCCCUUUGAACAACUCUGGUUAACUGCAUAUAACUUCCACUGUAAAUCAGAGGAAUGGAUGAAUGGUGCAUUCCAGGAUUUGAAUGCAGAGGAUAUUUCAGAGGAAGUAGGGAAUAUGUGGAGGACAAUGUACAAGCUGGCUAAGACAUUUACAGACAUGCCAGGACCUAGGCGGGUAGCAGAGAGUGUAAAGCUUAAAAUUGAUAAGUUUAAAGUACAUCUUCCUAUUAUCUCUGUCAUCUGUAACCGAGGCAUGAAGAGCCGCCACUGGGAACAGAUAAGUGAGAUUGUUGGAUUUGAUAUCACUCCAGAACCCAAUACAUCUCUCAUUAAUAUGCUGGAGUACGGAUUGUCCAAAUCCAUCGAUAGGAUGGAGCUAAUUGGGGCUGCAGCAAGCAAAGAAUACUCUUUAGAAAAAGCAAUGGGAAAGAUGAAGUCUGAGUGGUCCAAUAUGAGUUUUAACUUCAUCCGAUAUCGAGACACGAGCACAAGCAUCCUAUCAGCUGUUGAUGACAUUCAGUUACUGCUUGAUGAUCACAUUAUUAAAACACAAACAAUGUGUGGUUCUCCAUUCAUUAAGCCAAUUGAAAAUGAAGCCAGGGAAUGGGAACAGAUACUUGUUUUGAUCCAAGAUAUUUUAGAUUCCUGGUUAAAGUGUCAGGCUACCUGGCUCUACUUGGAACCUAUAUUUAGCUCUGAAGACAUUAUAGCUCAAAUGCCAGAAGAAGGACGAAAAUUCGGUAUUGUGGACAGCACCUGGAAGGACUUAAUGUCUGAGGCGGUGAAAGAUACCAGAGUGCUUAUCGCAACAAAACAGCAGAACAUGUUGGAAAGACUUCAGGAAUCCAAUAUCCUCUUGGAAGACAUUCAGAAAGGCUUGAAUUCCUAUUUGGAAAAGAAAAGAUUAUUUUUCCCAAGAUUUUUUUUCCUCUCAAAUGAUGAACUACUGGAAAUCUUGUCAGAAACCAAAGACCCUCUUCGAGUGCAGCCUCACUUAAAGAAAUGUUUUGAAGGAAUCGCCAAACUGGAGUUUACUGAUGACUUAGAGAUCACUGGAAUCAUCAGCUCUGAGAUGGAAACUGUCCCCUUAGCACAGAAGAUCUAUCCAGCAAAGGCUAAAGUUCCUCGAAAGAAGUGGGUUUUACAAUGGCCUGGUCAAGUAGUUAUAUGUGUUUCUUCAAUUUACUGGACCAAAGAGGUAUCAGAUGCCAUUACUGAAGGCACUCUACCAGGCUUCUUGGACAAAAGUAAUAAACAGAUCGGUGAGAUAGUUGAGCUUGUCAGAGGGAAAUUGUCUGGUGGUACCCGUGCUACUUUAGGAGCGCUCACUGUUAUUGAUGUGCAUGCUCGUGAUGUUGUUGCCAAGCUGACCCAGGAUAAGGUGACCAACCUGAGUGAUUUCCAGUGGAUCUCCCAGCUAAGAUACUAUUGGGAAAAUCGAGAUGUUAUGGUCAGAAUGAUCACUACUGAAGCCAAAUACGGCUAUGAGUAUCUUGGCAACUCCCCGCGUUUAGUGAUAACUCCACUCACUGAUCGCUGCUACAGAACGUUAAUGGGGGCACUGAAGCUAAAUCUUGGUGGUGCGCCAGAAGGUCCAGCUGGAACUGGUAAAACAGAAACUACAAAAGAUCUUGCUAAAGCAAUGGCCAAACAGUGCGUUGUGUUUAAUUGCUCAGAUGGCCUUGACUAUAAAGCGAUGGGUAAAUUCUUCAAAGGCCUAGCACAGUCUGGAGCCUGGGCAUGCUUUGAUGAAUUCAACAGAAUUGAGGUUGAGGUGCUGUCAGUAGUGGCCCAGCAGAUUCUCAGCAUACAGCAGGCAAUCAUCAGGAACAUGAAAACUUUCCUGUUUGAAGGAACAGAACUGACCCUCAAUCCAACAUGUUCUGUGUUUAUCACUAUGAAUCCUGGAUAUGCAGGUCGAGCUGAACUUCCAGAUAAUUUAAAGGCAUUAUUUAGAACUGUGGCCAUGAUGGUCCCAGACUAUGCACUUAUUGGUGAAAUAUCACUUUACUCCAUGGGUUUUCUGGAUUCUAGAAGCUUGGCUCAGAAGAUUGUCGCUACGUACAGACUGUGUUCUGAACAGCUAUCAUCUCAGCACCAUUAUGACUACGGAAUGCGUGCAGUGAAAUCUGUCCUUACUGCAGCUGGAAAUCUGAAGCUUAAAUAUCCAGAAGAGGAUGAGAGCGUGCUUCUUCUUCGUGCACUGCUGGAUGUCAAUCUGGCUAAAUUCUUAGCACAGGAUGUACCUCUCUUUCAGGGUAUAAUUUCUGAUCUGUUUCCUGGAGUGGUUCUACCUAAGCCUGAUUAUGACCUUUUCAUCGAUGCAAUGAAAGAAAAUAUUGCAAACAUGAAUUUGCAACCUGUUCCAUGGUUCAUUGAAAAAAUAAUUCAGAUUUAUGAAAUGAUGCUGGUGCGCCAUGGUUUCAUGAUUGUCGGGGAACCCAUGGGGGGAAAGACUAGUGCAUAUAAGGUUCUGGCCAAGGCCCUUGCUGAUUUACAUGCAGCCAAAUCAAUGGAUGAGUAUGCUGUAGAGUUUAAAGUGAUCAAUCCUAAAGCCAUUACUAUGGGACAAUUAUAUGGAUGUUUUGACCCAGUAAGUCAUGAGUGGACAGAUGGAGUACUGGCAACUACUUUUCGAGAACAAGCUUCUUCCACUACAGAUGACAGGAAAUGGAUUAUAUUUGAUGGCCCUGUAGAUGCUGUCUGGAUAGAGAAUAUGAACACUGUCCUGGAUGACAAUAAGAAGCUGUGCUUGAUGAGUGGUGAAAUAAUUCAGAUGAAUGCAAAAAUGAGCUUAAUUUUCGAGCCUGCUGACUUGGAGCAAGCUUCCCCAGCAACUGUGAGCAGGUGUGGGAUGAUCUAUAUGGAACCCCAACAGCUCGGAUGGAAACCUUUGAAAGAUUCCUACAUGAAGACGCUACCUGAAAUCCUUACAACUGAGCACAAGGAAUUGAUUAAUGACAUGUUUGACUGGCUUGUUCAGCCUUGCUUGAAUUUUAUCCAUCUGGAAUGUAAAUUUGUGGUACAGACGUCUCCUAUCCACCUGACAUACAGUAUGAUGAGACUAUACACCUGCCUGCUUGAUGAAAUCAUCAGUUCUGGAGAGGAGGGUAAAGAGCCCAUGUCCAGUCAGCAGAUCACCUUGUGGCUACAAGGUCUUUUCCUUUUCGCUUUGGUUUGGACCAUUGGUGGCACCAUAAAUGCUGACAGCAGGAAGAAGUUUGAUUGUUUCUACCGAAACAUCCUGAUGGGAACAGAUGAUCAGCACCCUCGACCAAAGAGUGUUAAACUGACCAAGAACAACUUGUUCCCAGAGAGAGGAACUGUAUAUGACUUUUACUUUCACAAACAUGCCAGUGGACAGUGGAAUAUGUGGACUGAUUACAUUACUAAAGAGGAAACAACCAUUUCUGCCACUGCCAAGGUGUCAGAUCUCAUUAUACCAACAAUUGAAACUGCUAGGCAGUCGUUUUUCUUAUACACGUAUGUAGAACAUUCAGUUCCUAUACUGUUUGUGGGACCCACUGGAACAGGGAAAUCUGCAAUAACAAACAGUUUCUUGAUAAAACUUCCAAAAGAUAAGUAUAUUGCCAACUGCAUCAAUUUCUCGGCAAGAACUUCUGCAAACCAGACCCAGGAUAUCAUCUUCUCCAAGCUGGAUAGGAGAAGAAAAGGUCUAUAUGGUCCCCCAGUAGGGAAAAAAGCUGUUGUGUUUGUUGAUGAUCUAAAUAUGCCAGCAAAAGAGGUUUAUGGAGCCCAACCACCCAUUGAAUUACUGAGACAGUGGAUUGACCAUGGACAUUGGUAUGAUAGAAAAGACACUUCGCGAUUGGAUAUUGUGGACAUCCAGUUCAUUUCGGCCAUGGGGCCCCCUGGUGGUGGUAGAAAUGACAUUACUGUUCGUUUCACACGUCACUUGAACAUAGUCUCCAUAAAUGCCUUCGAUGAUGAAACUCUAACAAAAAUAUUUUGUUCUAUCUCUGACUGGCACUUCGGCAAAGGAUUUGAUAUUUCAUUUUUGAGAUCUAGCAAACUUAUGAUACAGGCCACCAUGGCAAUUUACAAAACAGCUGUUGAGAACUUCUUGCCAACUCCAUCAAAAUCUCAUUAUCUUUUUAACUUGAGAGACUUCUCCCGGGUGGUACGCGGAGUGUUGCUGUGCCCACACACCCACCUUCAGGACAAUGAUAAAUUGAUCAGACUCUGGAUCCAUGAAGUGUACCGUGUAUUUUAUGACCGUUUAAUUGAUCCUGAAGACAGGCAGAUGUUCUUUAACAUGGUAAAAGAGACCACAUCCAAUUGCUUUAAACAAAGCGUUGACAAGGUUCUAAGCCACUUGGCGCCUACAGGAAAGGUGGUUGAUGAUAAUAUUAGAAGCCUUUUCUUUGGAGACUAUUUUAAACCUGACAGUGAGGUUAAAGCGUAUGAUGAAAUCACUGAUCUGAAGCAGCUGACAAAUGUCAUGGAAUACUAUCUGGAUGAAUUUAAUAAUGUCAGCAAAGCUCCAAUGUCCUUGGUGAUGUUUAAAUUUGCUAUAGAACAUAUUUCAAGAAUUUGUCGUGUGUUGAAGCAAGACAAUGGCCACUUGCUGUUGGUUGGGAUUGGUGGAAGCGGGAGGCAGAGUGCUACCAAACUGGCCACUUUCAUGAACUCUUUUGAGCUAUUUCAGAUUGAGAUAACGAAAAACUACACUAUAAAUGAAUGGAGAGAUGAUGUGAAGAAAGUUAUGUUGCAAUCAGGUGUGGCAGGCAAGAACACAGUCUUUUUGUUCUGCGAUAACCAAAUCAAAGACGAAGGGUUUCUAGAAGAUAUCAACAUGCUGUUGAAUACUGGGGAUGUCCCUAAUAUCUUUCCAGCAGAUGAGAAGGCAGAUAUAGUUGAGAAAAUGCAGUCCAUCUCCAGGACAGAAGGGAAGAAAAUCGAAGCCACUCCUAUGGCUAUGUACAACUUCUUCAUCGAGAGAGUCAAGGCCAAUUUACAUCUAGUGUUAGCUAUGAGUCCUAUCGGUGAUGCCUUCCGCAAUCGACUGCGCAUGUUUCCUUCACUAAUAAACUGCUGUACCAUUGACUGGUUUCAGACAUGGCCAACUGAUGCUUUAGAAAUGGUGGCCAACAAGUUCUUGGAAGAUGUAGACCUCGAUGAUGACAUUAGGAAAGAGGUUGUUUCCAUGUGCAAGUAUUUCCAAGAAAACAUCAAGGAGCUGUCAGAGCAUUACUUCAGCACACUGCGCAGACACAACUACGUCACUCCAACCUCAUACCUGGAGCUGAUUCUCACUUUCAAGACUUUACUAAAUAGCAAACGCUAUGAGGUGGACACCAUGAGGAACCGUUACCUUGUUGGUCUUGAAAAACUAGAAUUUGCAUCAUCACAAGUCUCAGUUAUGCAGAAAGAGCUCACUGCUCUUCAACCAGAACUGAUUAAAACUUCAGCGGAAACUGAGAAGAUGAUGAUUAAAAUAGAAAAGGAAACCGUGGAUGUUGACGCAAAAAGAGAAUUGGUCUCUGCUGACGAGAAGGUGGCUAAUGAGGCAGCUGCGGCAUCUCAGGCAAUUAAGGAUGAAUGUGAAGGAGACUUAGCUGAGGCCAUGCCAGCUCUGAAAGCUGCAAUAUCGGCUCUUGACACACUGAACCCUUCUGAUAUAUCACUUGUGAAAUCCAUGCAGAAUCCUCCAGCACCUGUGAAGCUGGUCAUGGAAAGCAUCUGUGUAAUGAAAGCCAUAAAGCCAGACAGAAAGCCUGACCCAGGUGGAACAGGAAAAAUGGUGGAAGACUUCUGGGGUCCCUCAAAAAAAAUACUUGGAGACAUGAAGUUUUUGGAAACUUUAAAAGUGUUUGAUAAAGACAACAUUGAUCCUGCCGUUAUGAAAAAGAUCCGUGAUAAAUUUAUCAAUAAUGAAGACUUCCAGCCAUCUGUGAUUAAGCACGUAUCAUCAGCCUGUGAAGGCUUGUGCAAGUGGGUCAGAGCUUUGGAGGUAUAUGAUCGCGUGGCAAAAGUGGUGGCUCCUAAGCGUGUACGUCUUAAAGAAGCUGAGGCUAAGCUGGCUGUACAGAUGGAACAGCUAAACACCAAGCGAGCUGAACUGCAGGCUGUGGAAGACCGUCUGCAAGCAUUAAAUGAUGAAUUUAAUGCCAUGAAUAACAAAAAGGAAGAACUGGAAAAGAAUAUUGAAAUCUGUUCUCAGAAACUGGUCCGUGCUGAGAAACUGAUAAGUGGCCUAGGGGGGGAGAAAGAUAGGUGGACAGAAGCUGCGCGACUCUUAGGAAAUAAAUACAUAAAUCUUACUGGAGAUGUCCUUCUAUCUUCUGGAACUGUGGCCUACCUAGGUGCUUUCACUGUAGAUUAUCGUCAAAAGUGUCAAAGUCAAUGGCAUGUAUUGUGCAAAGAGAAGAAAAUACCCUGCUCAAAUAACUUCAGCUUCAGUAAUACCCUGGGUGACCCUGUUAAAAUCCGUGCUUGGCAGAUAGCUGGUCUCCCAGUUGAUUUUUUUUCAAUAGACAAUGGAAUCAUUGUCUCCAAUUCCCGAAGGUGGGCUUUAAUGAUUGAUCCUCAAGGACAAGCUAACAAGUGGAUAAAGAAUAUGGAGAAAACCAAUAAACUCUCUGUCAUCAAGUUGUCUGAUUCCACAUACACAAGAACAUUGGAGAAUGCAAUACAGUUUGGAUAUCCAGUUUUAAUUGAAAAUAUUGGAGAAGAAAUAGAUGCUGUUUUGGAGCCUUUGCUUUUAAAACAAACUUUUAAACAGCAAGGGGUUGACUAUAUACGUCUUGGUGAAAAUAUUAUAGAAUAUUCAAAAGAUUUUAGGCUUUAUAUGACUACUCGAUUAAGAAACCCCCAUUAUCUCCCAGAGGUGGCUGUGAAGGUGUGUCUUCUUAACUUCAUGAUUACCCCAUUAGGUCUUCAGGACCAACUUCUUGGAAUUGUAGCUGCAAAAGAAAAGCCAGAACUAGAGGAAAAAAAGAAUCAACUAAUUAUUGAAAGUGCAGCCAAUAAAAAGCAGCUAAAGGAGAUAGAAGACAAAAUAUUAGAGGUACUGUCUUCUUCAAAAGGAAACAUAUUAGAAGAUGAGACUGCUAUCAAAGUGUUGUCCUCAUCAAAACUACUUUCUGAAGAAAUUUCAGAGAAACAGCAAAUUGCUUCUGCCACUGAGAAGGAAAUUGAUGAGACUCGAAUGGGAUACAAACCUGUUGCCACUCAUUCAUCCAUUGUAUUUUUCUGCAUUUCUGAUUUGGCCAACAUUGAGCCAAUGUACCAGUAUUCACUUACCUGGUUCAUUAACCUUUAUGUCCACUCAGUUGCCCAUAGCGAAAGGAGUGAAGACCUAAAUACCAGAAUAUCAAAUAUUAUCCAGCAUUUUACUAGAAGCAUUUAUAAGAAUGUUUGCAGGUCUUUGUUUGAAAAGGACAAGCUCCUGUUCUCCCUUCUUCUGACCAUUGGCAUAAUGAAAGGAGAAGAUAAAAUAGAUGAUGAAGUGUGGCGCUUCCUCUUGACUGGUGGAGUAGCACUUGAUAACCCUUAUCCAAACCCAGCUCCCCAAUGGUUGUCUGAUAAAUCUUGGGCAGAAAUUGUUCGAGCAUCUAAUCUUCAACCACUUACUGGCUUUAUGGAUCAUUUUAAAAACAAUAUUCCAAGAUGGAAGAUGAUCUAUGACUCCCUGAAACCUCAUGAAGAAACAUUUCCAGAUAAAUGGCAGGAAUUGACAGGAAUAAAUCGCAUGGUGAUACUCAGAUGUCUACGCCCUGACAAAAUGGUACCAGCAGUUCAGGAAUUCAUUGCGGAAAACAUGGGCAAAGCUUAUAUUGAGCCACCAACAUUUGACCUUGCAGGAAGUUAUAAUGAUUCUAACUGUUGUGCUCCAUUGGUUUUUGUGCUGUCUCCUGGGGCUGAUCCUAUGGCAGGCUUGUUAAAAUUUGCUGAAGACCUUGGCAUGGGAGGGGAAAACAUCCAGACCAUAUCACUUGGGCAGGGUCAAGGGCCCAUUGCAGAAAGGAUGAUUAAUCAGGCCAUUAAGGAUGGGACCUGGGUGGUCCUCCAAAACUGCCACCUGGCCACCAGUUGGAUGCCCACUCUGGAGAAGAUCUCUGAGGAAACUAUCAUACCAGAGAAUACCAAUGAGAAGUUCAGGCUUUGGUUAACCAGUUAUCCUUCGGACAAGUUCCCUGUAAGCAUCCUGCAGAAUGGCAUAAAAAUGACCAAUGAACCCCCUAAGGGUCUGCGGGCCAAUCUGCUGCGAUCAUACCUGAACAAUCCCAUAUCUGAUCCUGUCUUCUUCAGCAGCUGUCAAAAACCCAGGAUGUGGCAGAAACUCUUAUUUGGCUUGUGUUUCUUCCAUGCUUUGGUUCAAGAAAGAAGGACCUUUGGCCCAUUAGGCUGGAAUAUCUUGUAUGAGUUCAAUGAGUCUGACCUGAGAAUCAGCAUGAGACAGAUUCAGAUGUUCCUCAAUGAGUAUGAAGUAGUUCCAUUUGAAGCUCUUACUUACCUGACAGGGGAAUGUAACUAUGGCGGAAGAGUGACAGAUGAUAAGGACAGGCGCCUCCUUAUCUCCCUACUUUCCAUAUUCUACAAUGAGGAGAUACAGCAAGAUAACUACAGACUUUCUCCAGGAGACCUUUAUUAUAUUCCUCCAUAUGGCACAUAUCAGUCUUUUGUAGAUUACAUAAGAAAUUUACCCCUUAUUACUCACCCAGAGGUGUUUGGACUGCAUGAGAAUGCUGAUAUCACCAAAGAUAACCAGGAGACUAACCAGCUGUUUGAAGGGGUCCUUCUCACUCUGCCGAGGCAAACAUCAGGGAGCGGUAAAUCUUCCCAAGAAAUAGUUGAAGAUUUGGCAAGAGAUAUACUAAAUAAAUUGCCAAAUGAUUUCAAUUUGGAAAAAGUGAUAGAAAAAUAUCCUGUGGUGUAUGAAGAAUCAAUGAACACAGUGCUUAGGCAAGAACUGAUCCGCUUUAACAGGCUCACAGAUGUUGUACGGAGCAGUCUGAUCAAUUUGGGCAAAGCUAUCAAAGGCCAAGUGUUAAUGUCAGCUGAGCUGGAGAAUGUCCUUAACAGUAUGCUUGUUGGGAAAGUACCUACUAUGUGGGCUGCUAAAUCCUACCCUUCACUGAAACCCCUGGGCAGCUAUGUAUCUGACUUGCUUUCUCGCCUGCAGUUUCUACAGGAUUGGAUAGACAAUGGUCCACCCAAAGUGUUCUGGAUAUCAGGAUUUUAUUUCACCCAAUCGUUUCUGACGGGCGUUUCCCAGAAUUAUGCCAGAAAAUACACGAUCCCUAUCGACCACAUUGGAUUUCAGUAUGAGGUGACCAGGUAUGAACACAUCAUAGACACAUCUCCAGAAGAUGGCGCUUACAUCAGAGGACUCUUCCUAGAGGGAGCACGCUGGGACAGACAAGAGAUGCAGAUUGGAGAAUCGCUUCCCAAAAUUCUGUAUGAUCCUCUACCUAUCAUUUGGCUAAAACCAGGAGAAAGUGCAAAAUUUGAGCACAAAAACUUGUACUUCUGUCCUGUAUAUAAAACCAGCGCUAGGCGGGGAACUCUGUCAACCACCGGCCAUUCCACCAACUAUGUCCUCUCCAUAGAACUUCCCUCAGAUAAGCCUCAGAAACAUUGGAUAAACCGCGGUGUGGCAGCCCUGUGCCAGCUGGAUGAUUAAUUUAUUGAAAGAGUAAGAUUUCUUUUCUCCUACCAGUUCUAUUACGUGCACUAUUGCUGUACACAUUCUGUUUGAUCAUUUCAUACGUCACAUAGUAUGUGCCUUAAAGAUCAGCCUUCUGUGUUCAAUUGGUUG